AUGUGGUUGCUCAUACGUAAUUACUUGACUGCAUUGGGAGUGGCAUUACUGUUUGGCCUAUUCAUACUAUACAGCCUGAAAGGUGACUUCUGGAAUUCCAACUUGAUAAGUGAGAAUGUUCCGGACUCACAGAGCCCCUCUCAUUCUAAACCAAUAACCUUGUUUGAAAAAAAUUAUUCAUCAGAUAACCAAUUUUGUCAAUUACUUCGCAGCCAAUAUCCCAUAAUCGACGGUGCAGACGGCGAUAUGGAUAUUGCAUACACUAUGGUGGUUCACAAGGAUAUUAAGCAAAUAGCAAGACUUCUUCGAAUGAUCUAUCGUGGAAACAACUACUAUUGCAUUCAUACUGACGCCAGAUCAAGUGACGAAUUUGUAAAAGGUCUUGAGACACUGGCUUCAUGUUUUGGAUCCAAUGUUGAACUGGUUCCAAGGAGCAGACGUAUCGCGGUGACAUGGGGAGAAGAGACCGUUCUGUUGCCCCAGUUUAUAUGUGCAGAGCAGGCCCUACGAAGACACUCAACAUGGAGAUAUCUCAUUAAUAUUGUAGGUCAGGAGUUCCCUCUUAAAACAAAUCUGGAAAUUAUUGCCGCAUUAAAAGCUUUAAAUGGAUCCAAUCUUGUGGAAGGCUUUCCACUCGGUAAAUUUGUUACACGUACAAGAAAUAAAAGUCUGCCUUUAAAUGCAACUUGGAUCAAAGGAUCAAUAUAUGGAGCCUUUAGAAGGGACUUUUUGAAAAAGGCAGUGUUGAGCAAAAGCUUGAGCAUUAUUCGUGAUUAUAUGAUUCAGCCGAAAAUGUUUCGCAAUCCAGAUGAAUUUUACUUCAACACAUUAAAUUAUAAUCCACAUUUCAAACUUCCUGGUACCUGCUUGAUGGGAUAUUUGGCGAAAUUUGUUAUCUGGAGAGAAGACCCUAUACCCUGUCCUACUAAGUUCGUUCGAGAUGUUUGCAUUUUAGGGAAUCCUCAGGUAGAGAGAUUAAAGAAGGCACCACAUUUGUUUGCAAACAAGUUUCAUGCUAACUACCACCCAGAAGCCUACGAUGAACUGGAACGGUGGUAUUUCGAUCGAGUCAGAAGGGAGCGUGAGACAGGUUCGUAUGACAUGGAGUCAUUUGAUCCAAGUAUUUAUGCCAAUCGCACUUGUUCCCGUCUCCAUCAAUAA